UGGCAGGAAAUGACAGAAAACCUGAAUACGGAACUGAAGCAGAAACUUCUUGUCUUGAUGAGAAGUGGCAGCAGCUAGAGAGUGUUGACAACGUGAGGAGCUGGGAGCUCAGAGCAGACAUCGCACUAUUGGAGAUGUGGAAGUCGGUAGUAGGCCAUGAUGUAUCUGUUUCCGUGGAGACGCAGGGUGACGACUGGGACACAGACCCUGACUUCGUGAAUGACAUCUCUGAGAAGGAGCAACGGUGGGGAGCCAAGACCAUUGAGGGCUCUGGACGCCCAGAGCAUAUCAACAUCCACCAGCUGAGGAACAAAGUGUCAGAGGAGCAUGAUAGUCUCAAGAAGAAGGAGAUGGAAUCAAUGCCCAAAGCAUCCCAUGGCUACGGAGGUCGCUUUGGGGUGGAAAGAGACCGAAUGGACAAGAGUGCUGUGGGCCAUGAGUAUGUUGCUGAGCUGGAGAAGCACUCUUCUCAGACUGAUGCUGCCAGAGGAUUUGGGGGCAAAUACGGAGUCGAGAAGGACAGGGCAGACAAGUCAGCAGUUGGCUUUGAUUACAAAGGGGAAGUGGAGAAACACACAUCUCAGAAAGAUUACUCCCGUGGCUUUGGUGGUCGUUAUGGGAUAGAGAAGGAUAAACGGGACAAGGCAGCUCUGGGAUAUGACUACAAAGGAGAAACAGAGAAACACGAGUCCCAGAGAGAUUAUGCCAAGGGCUUUGGUGGUCAGUACGGAAUCCAGAAGGACCGAGUGGAUAAGAGCGCUGUUGGCUUCAAUGACAUGGAGGCCCCAAGCACAGCUUAUAAGAAGACGACACCCAUAGAGGCUGCUUCUAGUGGUGCCCGUGGGCUAAAGGCAAAAUUUGAAUCCAUGGCUGAGGAGAAGAAGAAGCGGGAGGAAGAAGAGAAGGCACAGCAAAUGGCCAGACAGCAACAAGAGAGAAAGGCCCUGGUAAAAGUGCGCCAUGAGGCUUCGCAACCAGCAGCCACUGUGGCAGAGCCAAUGGUGCCGACCCCGUUGCCUAAGAAAAUCUCCUCAGAGGCCUGGCCUCCAGCAGGAAGUUGUCCGUCAUCAGAGCCUGAGCCUGUGAGAACCAGCAGGGAACAACCAAUACCCUCCUUGCCCUCGAGGCAGAACCCCCCAGAGGAUGAUGAGGAGCCCCCAGCGCUGCCCCCCAGGACUCUGGAAGGCCUCCAACUGGAGGAAGAGCCAGUGUAUGAAGCAGAGCCUGAGCCUGAGCCUGAGCCUGAGCCUGAGAAUGAGUAUGAGGACGUUGCUGAGAUGAACAGAUACGGGCAGGACGACGAGCCAGAGGGAGACUACGAAGAUGUGCUCGAGCCUGAGAAUCCCUCCAUGCUGGCUGGAUCAUCAGGCUGCCCGGCUGGGACGGGGGCUGGGAUCUCAGCUGUAGCCCUGUAUGAUUAUCAAGGAGAGGGAAGUGACGAGCUUUCCUUUGAUCCAGAUGACAUCAUCACUGAUAUUGAGAUGGUGGAUGAGGGCUGGUGGCGGGGACGUUGCCACGACCGCUUUGGACUCUUUCCUGCAAAUUAUGUCAACCUUAUCCAGUAAACGGCCCUCAGUGUAUCCUGCGCUGUGACUUCCCAUGUCCAAAGGGGCUCUGCCUCCACGCCCCUCCCCAUCCUGCUGCAAGUUUCCAAUAGGAUGUCAUGAGUUGCCUGAGGCUCUAGGCAGACUUCCCUCUCCCUCUCCAUUAGAGCUUGGGGCAGAUACAUCAUGAGGAAGGAGCUCUCCUUCAGUGUCCUCUCUAUCCUGUAAGAGCUCAUAGACAUUAUCUUGUGGUCCUGCCUCCUCCUCCAUGAAUGCUCCCUCUAACACCCCAAGUUCUGCCUUUCGUUUUUUUGAGCUCUGAGCUUCCUGAUUUGCUUACCUGGAAAAGUAUGUCUACAUUGCCUGGUUUACCUGGUGGUAUUAUCUGCCCACUUUCCUUCCCUGCAGAUAUAUCUUUUCUCUACCCAGUCUUAAAAUUGGAAAUAAAGUGGGAUUAUUUUUCACAUCUA